GGGAUUGAGUCUAGUCAUGUUGUCACAAUUAGCAUCGAGAUCUGCAAGACUGGUGAAUGUCAGCAGCGUCCGUUGUUUCUCUGCGUUUGCACCAACCGCCGUUAAAUUCGAUGGAAAGAAGAUUGAUCCGCAUACUCCUUUAAGCAAGAUGCUCGAGCGGUCUUGUCAGUACCUGUUCCUCACUGACCUGUUCCGUGGUCUUUGGGUGUCGGUGAUCAGCAUGUGCAGAGAAAAGCUCACCAUUAACUUCCCCCACGAGAAGGUCACGAUUUCUCCCAGAAUGAGAGGAGAGCACUGCUUGAGACGCUAUGCCUCGGGUGAGGAAAGAUGCAUUGCCUGCAGACUCUGUGAAGCCAUCUGCCCCGCUCAGGUUAUCAACAUUGAAGCUGAAAUGCGUCCGGAUGGUCUGCGUCGUACCACGCGUUACGAUAUCGAUCUGUCUCGCUGCAUCUUCUGUGGAUAUUGUCAGGAGGCUUGCCCUGUGGACGCCAUUGUGGAGAAUCCGCUGCUGGAGUUCGCCAAGGAGUCGCGUGAGGAGCUGAUGUACGACAAGGCCAAGCUGCUGCAUAAUGGAGAUAUGUGGGAGCCGAUUUUGGCCACGAACAUUGCCACUGAUAUAAUGUACCGAUAAAAGCAAUUUGAUUUCGAUUU